AUGGGUGCUGUGAAAGCUGUCGUGGUUGUCAUCAAGUUCUGUUUUAUCCUAACUUUUCUGAGAUGCCAAUAAGCAAUAAUAUCCAACUUCUUUGCUAUAAUUGCCUUUGAUGAACUUCGGACAGACUUCAAAAGCCCAAUAGAUCAGUGCAACCCAGUCCACGCAAGAGAGCGGCUGAGAAAUAUCGAGCGUAUUUGCUUUCUCCUGCGAAAGCUGGUGUUGCCGGAGUACUCUAUCCAUAGUCUUUUCUGCAUAAUGUUUUUGUGCGCUCAAGAGUGGCUCACACUGGGGUUAAACGUUCCUUUGCUUUUUUAUCACUUCUGGAGGUAUUUUCGUUGCCCAGCAGAUAGUUCAGAGCUAGCAUAUGAUCCACCUGCAGUCAUGAAUGCAGAUACCUUGAGUUACUGUCAAAAAGAGGCCUGGUGUAAGCUAGCUUUCUAUCUCCUUUCCUUCUUCUACUAUCUGUACUGCAUGAUCUACACUUUGGUGAGCUCUUAA